AUGGACCGCGUCCGUAGCUUUGGCUGCUCGCCUUGGCCCGGCCUGAAGGCAAGCGGAAUCAACUGCCCCCAAUCUUCGAGAAGGCGGCAGACGGGGGUGAUUGCUUCGAGUGCAGAUUCACCCGACUGCAACGACGCACUGACUGAGAAGAGAGCCGAGUACGCCAUCGAAGAGAUCCUGCCAAGCCGAAUGGCGGACAGGAACCAGUUGUAG